AUGGAUUUGGCAUUGAUUCCGGGGGUUGCCGCCAUGAAUUGCUUGCGAAUUACACCAUUUUCAUCGACAGCCGCCACUUUGGAUGGGAAUGUGGCGGCUGUUGGUGAAAAUGGCGGAAUUACCGUGGAAGACGUGGAGGCAACCCUCGGAAUUAAUGCCCAACCGACUGGCGGCGAAGGAGUCAAGAUGGUGGUGCCCAUGGGCUUCAAGUUUGACGCAGACCCGAGAGAAACAAGUAUGGCCGUGUCGUCGCGGGUUCCGAAACGAACCAAGAGGGCCGGAACGCCGCCCAAAUCCAAGUCGUCCGUCCGAGAGGCCCUGUCCUCUGGCGGCACUGGCCCGUUUUGGAACCGGCGCCGCAGCUCGCAUCCCGGGCCCGAGAUUUCCCUUUUGUCUGAGCAGAGUCACGAAGACCUGGUUGCUGUCGAUGUGAAACAAACCGAGGAUGAACCGGAUUAUUACGGCAGCACGCGUUCCCGCAGGAGCCGCCACGAGGCCGAGCUGGCCCACAGGCCCAAAAGAGGCCCGAGGAGCAAAAGCCGCGGCAGGGCCGUUUCCGAUGCCCUGUUGGACGUCAUCACCAUGUGCGGGCCUUGA